CGAUUUUAGGGUAUUGACUUAUGUUGAAGGAUCUGAUUGGACAACAUGUACCGAAGACUCCGAUGUGAUUGGUCGAAGGUUGUGCGUGGUGCACGGUGAUUGGUCGGUUGUCACGGGUUUAAGAGAGUGGGUUCAUUUGGUGGCUGAAGAAGUCUGUCAGUCUCUCUUGUUAAAGCAGUGCUGCGUGCACUCAUAUCCCGGCUUUUGUCUUAGGAGCUGAAGACACACGUCGUCUCAAAAUGAAACGGGUUUGGGUUGUAGGUCUUCUCUUCGCACUUUUAACCUUUGGUGAGUUAUGAAAAAAUACUGUCUCUUUUCUUUUUUAUUACUCAACGGUUAAGCUAACAUUAGCCAGUAAGCUAGCAUUGACUUGCUUUUGCAUGCCUUAUCCGGAAUCUGCAUUCAUUUACAGUUUCUAGAUUAAUCUCUACCUGGUCUUGGUUCAGUGGUAGAAGAAAACCUGUUAUAUCUGCAUGCUCUUAUUAGAAGUUUCUACCGGAAACACUGUAUGAAAAAAGCUGUGAUGUUGGCUAACACCUCGUUUUAAACCUCCUCUGUUGCAAACACGUAAACCUUUGAAUGGUCAAGGAUAGACCUCACGUAAAUGGAAAACUGAUCACGCCCUUUCUGAGCUUCAAUCUCUGUGAAAUGAUCUCGCAUGCUGCAGACUUUUCAAUAUACACCUGCAGAAGAGUCAUGACAACUUUUGUCCCUUGGCAGCUGCCGUAAAGGCGGAGGAUGAAGUGGACGUCGAUGGGACGGUGGAGGAAGAUCUUGGGAAGAGCAGAGACGGAUCCAGAACAGAUGAUGAGGUGGUGCAGAGGUGGGUGUCAUCUACACUGACAGAGUGCCUCUUCAGUCAUCUUUGAGACAGAUCAGUUAUCUGCAUGAUGAUUAGGCUCAUGGACACUUGAACUUGAAAUCAUGACAAAAAAGUUCCUAAAAUCAUUAUAAAAAAGAAAGAAAGCAAGUGAUGCUGAUGUAGUCUUUGUACGUCAGCACUCCAUCAGUAGCAGGGAUCUUCUGUUUUCUGAUUACUGAUUCAUAUGAGGAGAAAAAAAAUGGUUUUGGUUGUUGACACCUUUUCAGCUUCAACUUUACUUUAUUUUUAUGGCACUUUUCAGAUAAAAAUGCAGUUCAAAGUGCCUCACAGAGGCUAAAAACAACAAUUAACACCAAUAAAACCUGAACCUCCCACCCACACACCCACUCAUGGCUCCACACACACACACACACACACACACACACACACACACACACAGAGACACACACCCACCUUCACUCACCCCCACAUACACACACACAGACAUGACCUGACACCGUGACAUUACGUGAGGGAAGGGCUACCUUUGGGAAACACUGGAGAUAAAGAUAAAAAAUAAAAUGGAAAAAAGAAAGACUAAAACCUGACGGACACCUGUGAUUUGUUGUUGAGCACCUACCUGACCCCACCUGUGUGUCUGUGUGUACUCAGAGAGGAGGAGGCUAUCCAGCUGGAUGGAUUGAAUGCAGCUCAGAUCAAGGAAAUCAGGGAGAAGUCUGAAAAACAUGUCUUUCAGGCAGAAGUCAACAGGAUGAUGAAGCUGAUCAUUAAUUCUCUCUACAAGAACAAAGAGGUGAGCGAUGUGAUCACAAAACUGAUGUGCAAUCAUCAGAUUCUGAAAGGGUAUACAGGUGGAAAUUAGUGAAAUUCUGAGGCUCAGUCCUGAGUCUCUGGAUAAGUCUUAAGUUUUUUUUGUCAAAGGAUUACAAGUUUAAAUUGAACAGAGUAUUAUGAGUAAUAAAUCAUUACUUCAGACACAUUUUUACUUCUUUGGCACGUUUUCAUUAUCAGUAAAACCCAGUUUACAUGUUUCAAAUCUCAAAAACUGGGUUCUACUUCUAUGUUCCCUGCGUUAAACCUGCUCAUGCUGGCUUGGUGUGCAGACUCCUGUGUUGAAGGCUCAAAUUACGAUCUAAUGAUUCAUGUUUCUGUUUCAGAUCUUCCUCAGGGAGCUCAUUUCCAAUGCCUCAGAUGCUCUGGAUAAGAUCCGCUUGUUGUCUUUAACCAAUGAGGAUGCACUGGCUGCUAACGAAGAGCUGACAAUCAAAAUAAAGGUAUGCACUUUGUUUAUUAUACUGUAUUGUUAUUAGCGUCUAGGCUGUCCAUGCAAUCAGGCACUUAUUAAAAAGUCAGGUGAUCCGCUCCUUCUUUGAAGCAAAGUUUACAGAAUGUCAGAUAUGAUUUGAAGUCGACUGUGUUCCUGGAUCCUGUUUUUAUCCAGAUCAUUGUUUUUAUUCAUGUUAAAAGUUCCUUCUCUAUGAGUAACCUGAUGCUUGUAUUCCUCUCCUCAGUCUGAUAAGGAGAAGAACAUGCUGCACAUCACUGACACCGGUGUUGGAAUGACCAAAGAGGAACUGGUGAAGAACUUGGGUACCAUCGCAAAGUCCGGCACCAGCGAGUUCCUCAACAAGAUGACAGAGAUGCAGGCGGAGGAUCAGUCAACCUCAGAGCUGAUUGGUCAGUUCGGUGUGGGUUUCUACUCUGCUUUCCUCGUUGCCGACAAAGUCAUUGUGACAUCCAAACACAACAAUGACAGCCAGCACAUCUGGGAGUCAGACUCAAACCAGUUCUCCGUCAUCGAGGACCCUCGUGGGGACACACUGGGUAGAGGAACCACCAUCACGUGAGUUUACUUUUAAGCUUCAUCCCCCUAAUAACUUUUAGAAACUUUAUGCUCUUUUUUUUGGUUUGAACAGUGUGUCAUCCAUCACUUUUGAAAUUAAAUCCUCCACAUCUUUUUACUACACAGACUGGUCCUGAAAGAGGAGGCCUCAGACUACCUAGAGCUUGAGACAAUCAAGAAUCUUGUCAGGAAGUACUCUCAGUUCAUCAACUUCCCCAUCUAUGUCUGGGCCAGCAAGGUGAAUAUUCAAGAUACUCCUUUUUACACUUUUGCUUGAACUUGAACCCAGUGCAGUGACAGUAACAGGUAAAUUAACAAAUGCUGUUGCAUCAUCUCUGCCCCUCAAAAUGACAGACUGAGACAGUUGAAGAGCCAAUUGAGGAAGAUGCUGAGGCAGCAGAAGAGCCAGAGAAGGAGGCCUCUGAAGAUGAUGUGGAGGUUGAGGAAGAGGAGGAGGACAAAGACAAGCCAAAGACAAAGAAGGUAAGAGCUUCUGUCAGGAAUCAUCGAUCUUUACACUAUCAGAGCUGUGAAAACCUCGUCUCAAGUUAACACUUUUUCUUUUGGUCAUUUUCUUUAAACUCUAUAAACUUAAAAGUUGAUCAUUUUCCAUCUUGCUUGUUGUAGGUUGAGAAGACUGUGUGGGACUGGGAGCUGAUGAACGACAUCAAGCCCAUCUGGCAGAGACCCGCCAAGGAGGUUGAGGAGGAUGAGUACACAGCAUUCUACAAGACCUUCUCCAAGGUGGGAGCCUGAACCCGCUUGUAGUUUGUUUGUGUAUUUUCCUUGUAUGACUGAACAAGUUUCAUUUUAUUUCCAUCCAUGUUGCCUUUUCCAACAGGACACAGAGGAUCCUCUAGCCCACAUUCACUUCAUGGCUGAGGGUGAGGUUACCUUCAAGUCCAUCCUGUUUGUGCCUACCUCAGCACCACGAGGCCUGUUUGACGAGUACGGAUCCAAAAAGAACGACUACAUCAAGGUGAGUAAAAACCGACCAUUUGAAUUUGUUUUUUGUGUUCAUAGUGAUAUUCGGAAACUCAUUCAUGCUAGUCUCUGAUUUAAUGUAUUGUUUCUCCACAGCUGUUUGUCAGGAGAGUUUUCAUCACAGACGACUUCAAUGACAUGAUGCCCAAGUACCUGAACUUCGUCAAGGGAGUGGUGAGGAGCUCCAGCCUUGAAUAGACUUGACGCAGCUGUAUUUUCAUCAGCUGUUCAGUCUUUGCUCGUGUAGCUGCAACACUUUGAUUAAUGGAAAUUUAUUUUGCCAGGUUGACUCUGACGACCUUCCACUGAACGUGUCCAGAGAGACUCUGCAGCAGCACAAACUGCUCAAGGUGACUUUCACAUAUACAGUUUGUUAAAUGCCAUAUUGACACCAGUUCUUUCACAUUGCAUCUAUUAAUGCCUUAUUGGGGUGUUAGAAUUUUAUAGAUCAUAUAUUCUUCGACAAAAGCAAAUUUUUAAGUAGAUGCAAAACUUAAAUGUGUAGCUUGUAAGGAAAUGGCAAAUAACAGAGCCUUUUGAUGAGGAAAUGGGUCAGAAAAAUAAGAAUUCUUUUCUUUUCCCUUUAGGUUAUUCGUAAGAAGCUGGUGCGUAAGACUUUGGACAUGAUCAAGAAAAUCGCAGAGGAACAGUACAACGAGAAGUUCUGGAAGGAGUUCGGAACCAACAUCAAGCUGGGUGUCAUUGAGGAUCACUCCAACAGGACCCGUCUGGCCAAACUGCUCCGCUUCCAGACCUCCAACAGUGAAAAAGAACUGGCCAGCCUGGAAGACUAUGUGGAGCGCAUGAAGGAGAAGCAGGACAAGAUCUACUUCAUGGCUGGAACUAGCAGGAAGGAGGUGAAUUGACUGUUUGUGUAUUGUUUGUCCAGUAAUAACAGAGAUCAAACUGUUCAUAUGGUAAAGUAAUUAUCUUGACAUUGACAUAUCAUUGACAUCUCUGUUUUCUGCAGGCUGAGUCUUCCCCCUUUGUUGAGAAGCUGCUGAAGAAGGGCUAUGAAGUGAUCUACCUGACAGAGCCUGUGGAUGAGUACUGCAUCCAGGCACUUCCCGAGUUUGAUGGGAAACGCUUCCAGAACGUGGCGAAGGAGGGCAUCAAAUUCGAUGAGAGCGACAAGGCAAAGGAGAAGAGGGAGGCUCUGGAGAAGGAGUAUGAACCUCUCACCACUUGGCUGAAGGACAAGGCCCUGAAGGACAAGGUACCGAGCUGAUUAUUUAAAAUAUUCAUGACUUGUAAACAGGAGGCACAGAGGUGAUAAAAUGUGCAUUUGUCUUUGAAGUUUUGUCUGUGCCAGGAGUCAGCUGACUAAACACGCUGCUGUCAUUCCCACAGAUUGAGAAGGCCGUCCUCUCUCAGAGACUCACCAAUUCCCCCUGCGCUCUGGUUGCCAGUCAGUACGGCUGGUCAGGAAACAUGGAGAGGAUUAUGAAGGCACAGGCCUACCAGACAGGAAAAGACAUUUCGACAAAGUGAGUCAUGAGUCAGACUUCUUCUGUGUUAUUCAACCUCAUUAUCACAGUUGCAAAAUGCAAAUGCAGGACUUGUUAUGGCCUGUCGCAUAAUGGAGAAUUUAUGGAAAUUUUCCAUUUUGUCCUCUUUCAGUUAUUAUGCAAGCCAGAAGAAAACAUUAGAAAUCAACCCCAAACAUCCACUUAUGAAGCAGAUGCUGAAAAGAGUCAAUGUAAGUCCACCCACUCUCACUUCACAGUUUUCAUAUGAUGGUAAUGAUUCCUCAUAAUGUAGUUAAACUCUAAAUGCAACAGUUUAAAGUGUGUCGGCUUAUCUAACUUGACAUAAGCUGUUUUUUAAUGUAAGGAUCAUACCAGUUUAACAUGUGUUAUAUGGUUCCAGUGAAGCACUUAAAACCAAACAGAGCAUUUAGCUGACAGGUUUCUUUCCCUUUAUGUCCUUCAGGAAGAUGCUGAGGACGAGACGGCCUCAGAUCUGGCCGUGGUUCUCUUUGAGACAGCCACGCUGCGCUCAGGGUACCAGCUGGCUGACACAAAGGCUUAUGGAGACAGGAUAGAGCGCAUGCUCCGACUCAGCAUGAAUGUAGAUCUGGAUGAAGCGGUGAGUCAAAUUCAGCUGCCACGUAUCACUUAGAAACAUUUGCAUAGGAAAUGUUCUCAGUUUCAGUCCAACUCAGACUUUGAAUAGUUUCCUUCUCCUACCUGAUUGAAAAGUUUUUGUAACCCACUGAUCUGCUUUUUUGUUUAUCAUUUUUAGUAGUUUUUUUGUUUGUUUUUGCACAUGUAAAGCAUCUCAACCUGCUGAAGAUUUUAUACGUUAAUGUUGAAAUAAUGUGGUUGGUUGACAGAUUGAAGAAGAGCCGGAGGAGGAGCCAGAAGAGGCAGCAGAGGAUGACGACUCUGAAGAUAAAGAGGAAGUUGUAGAUGAGGAUGAUGAAGAAGAAUCGGUGAGAACCCUUGAUGUGUGGCAUCUCAAAGAUUUAGAGAAAAGACAAAAAGAAUAAAUCGCUUCAAUUAACUUUGUUUUUUUUCCCUCCUACAGACAAAAACAGACAAAGAUGAACUGUGAAGCACUGAAUCAAAGUUUGUAACAACAGAGCUGGAGACAGAUUUCAGUCCGCUUCCAGCUCCACCGUGGUCAACGUUAUCCUGGGUGGGGUCCCUGGGUUGGGGUUUUUUAAGGCGAACAUUGUUUGUUUUUGUUUGGUUUUUUUAUCACAUUCCUCAUGACUGUAAAUUUGUUAAUAUUUAACUGACCUGUUUAUGGAAAGAUGCGAUCCUGUCUCUUGAUCGAAUAAAUGUUUCCUGGAAAAAAGGA